AAUAAAUGCUACAUAGAAUAUCCAAGCUCCAAAUGCAUCUGCGGCGCAUCUAAACUCUCCUCCGUCAAUUCAUUUGCCAAUACGGAUUAUCUAAUAACGGUGUUCGCUUAUUGUCCAAUUGCAGGACAUCAUUAUUAAAAAUUAGUUGAAUACCUUAAAAAAAUCCCCGACAUUGACCCAUGAUUAUCUCUCGCGCUCUGUACGGCGCACAUAACCUCAACAACAGUUCCGUCUUACCUUCGUCCCCUUACACAGUCACCACCAUCAUCGCCAGCUGCAAUCUUUCCGCCCCGUUGGUAGUAAUCCAACUCAAGUGUCCUCAAAUAAAACAACUGAGGGGAUAACGGUUCGGCUAGCUGGACGCAAUUGCCAUUUAAUUACCGACCACAGAACAUCAUGAGAAACAAAUUGAUGGUAGAAAGGGGGAAAAAACGUACCAAGAACACCGAAAGAUAUAUCAUGCCCAGGACAAAAGAUUUGGGUUUGCUAGCGUCCUUCAUUUUCCGGCCGCACAGAGAAAAAAGGGAAGAUGAAGAGGAGGGAGCAACAAUUCGAAAACCAAUGCGGAAACCCCUUAAGGGUACAACCGUUCGGCUACGGCACACGCCCGGCAUUGGUAAAGUGGGAGGAGUUUACGGCAGCACCUCAGGCCGUGCAGCUUCCGAUCCUAGCGAUACGGGGCGCAAAGGGAUGCGCAAAUAUUUGGACAGGGAUUCAAUUUCACCCAAACAAUAGCCAGAGCUGGCACUCGCUUGGAAGGGGAGGGCUACACAAACGGUAGGUUCCACAGAACGGAGAAUAAAAUAAAAAGGAUGUGAUCACUUGCUACCGGUGUUCAGUGUGUGAUCGGUGCGGAGAAGGACCGGACCACCGGAAAGUUUGCGUGUGCAUUCCCAACAGAACAGAACAGAACACGGUGUAGUAAUGGCGGCUUCCAGUUGCAAGAGUGUGGCUCCUUUGCGCCAAAGUGAUUUCAGUAUCGAACACAUCCUGACGCGGGCCGGUGAACGGUACAGUAAAAGGCGCAAGCUAACCGCGUCACCAAACUGUCGGAACUGUUGUUCCAAUAGCCCGGGAAGUGAUCGUAGUGAGGAUAUAGACGGUAGUGAUGAGGUUGCCCGCUUGCACGACGAAGCCGGUACGGAACCGGACGAGGAGCUAGAUGAAGUAAUCGAUGUGGGACAAUCGGUGCGGCCUUCGGAUGCGGGAUUUUUACCAGCGGUUCCCGGUUGCAACAUGCCCACGUUCGAUUGGCUCUACUACACACGGUACCAUCCACCAAAGUUGCCACGUCCCCAAAAAUCGGGUCCCGUUAAACGCACUCCCGGCCGGUUACCACGGGUACCAUUUACACCGGCCCAGCUAAGUGCACUGGAGGACGCUUAUAAAGUGUCCACCUACCUGAGCUCCGAGGAAGCGAACCAGCUUGCCUACAGUCUAGAGCUGACCAACACGCGCGUGAAAAUUUGGUUCCAAAAUCGACGUGCCAGAGAUCGGCGAGAAAAGCGGGAAGCGUCGCUUGCCACCGGCGGCAGCAGCUACACGAAUCCUUCUGCCUCACUCAGUAUGGCGCCGCUGCUGAGCGUUGCACACAGCAAUUCUCGAGCUGGCAGCAGUCAUCCGUCCUCGCCGUCCAGCGUAGAAGCGACCGGUAGUCGACAGAGCAGAAGUCCUACCACCGACCGUAGCUACUAGCCUGCCAUCAGAACGUGUCCUGUGGGCUUAAAACAACAGUUAGGAUGUUGGUUACUUUUUUGUGAUAUCAUUCUCCAUCGGCGAUCUUCAACGAUCGAAUCGGACAAAGGACAAUCUUGUACAGUGACUUUUCCGGCGCUCUCUGUAAAUUCUUGCUGCCAUGUUUUGUAUAUAUGAUGUAUAAUAGAGGUGUGUUAAGUGCGGUAUGGAUUUACAGUUCGCAAACACGGUGAGAGUAUAGGCCUUACUGUAGGAAUUUUAAAUAUAACGUUACAGUGCUUGAUAGUGUAAUAGUGCUUGAAUAAAGAAGAUUAUUUACAAGCUUUUGAAAUAGCAAUAUAUAUCUUAAACAUUAGAUAUGUAAACUUUUUUGUGAACUGAGAAUUAAAGUUUUUCAAAAACCUA